AUGGGUGGCGGCGGCGUGAACUCGGAGAACUCGGACGAGGAAGCCUGGGACGCGUUAGAGCGUCGAUUGGACGAUCCUUCUUCUUCGAAUCAUCCGACGACGACGACGACGCGUACGAGUAUUACUGCGACGACGACCACUCGUUCUUCCCGUGGUACUGAUCAUCAUCUGAAAUCAUCGUCGAAAACGAUUUCCGACGACGACGAAGGCGGCGGAAAAGGCUUGAAGAAAAAAGAAGAAAGGAGGAGGAAAGGACGCGCCGAUGACAGAGAAGACGAGAAGAAAACGACGUCUUCGAUAAACGAGCGAGAGUUUAGCGGGGACGAUGAGGAUGAUGAUGAUGGUCGUGGGAGAGGAGGAAAAAAGAGAGCAACUUCAGCUUCUGACGAGAAGAGAGGGAGACGAGGAGGAAGGGAAAGCGAGGAGGAUGGGAAACGACUAGACAGAAGAGGUUCGUCUCGAGAUCGGUCUCGAGAACGCGAACGCGGUAGUGGUGGUGGUGGAGGAGGGAGCCGAGGGGAGAAAAGGCAGAGACACCGGUCGCGCUCGAGAGAUUAUCGCGAUAACGGCAGACGAGGCGGCGGGAGCGGAAGAGGUCGGGACCGCGAACGCGACGACUCGAGAGAUCGAAGUAAUAAUAAACCGCGAGAAACGUCCGCGGAAAGAGAAGCGAACAGGAGGAGAAAGAAAGAAGAAAGAAGAGCUAUGGAAGAGAAACGCGCGUUGGAGAAGAUUGAUAGAGAUACGCGGACGUGUUUCGCGUAUAAUUUGAGCACGAAGAGCGACGAACGCGAUAUUUUCAAAUUUUUCAUGAAAGCCGGGGAGGUCACGGAUGUGCGAAUUAUUUACGAUAGAAACAGGCCGAUAUCGAAAGGAAUGGCGUACGUCGAGUUUCAAGAUAAAUCGUCCAUUCCGAAAGCGUUGGAGCUGACCGGGGAGACGUUGAGAGGACAAAAAGUAAUGGUGAAACAUUCCGAGGCUGAGAAAAACAUCGCUUGGGAAGCCGAGCAGGCGGCAAAAGGCGUCACAGGGAAAGGGAAACGAGGAAAUGGCGAUGGAACGCAACAGAGUGGACCGUGUGCGCUUUUUGUUGCCGGUUUACACGAAGGUUUAGCCGAAGAAGACGUAAAAGCGGUGUUUGAACCGUUUGGCGCGUUGGACGCGAUUGAAAUUUCCAGAGAUGGAAACGGGCAAUCGAAUGGACACGGAAUCGUGCAAUAUCGCGAGUGGUCGCACGCCAUGCUCGCCGUCUCGCAAUUAAAUGGGUUAGAGCUCGUUGGACAGGCUUUGAAAAUAUCCGUCGCGGCAGGACAAGGUGGUGCGAAGAAUGAUAACAAAAAUAGAAACAACGAUAGAAGCGGCGGUGGCGACGUCGGCGGCGGCGGCGGCGGCGGCGAGGAGGACGAUGACGAUCGCGUGGGUGGGCAAAUGGACGAUACCGCGACGUAUGCGAAGAUGGAUGCAGCAAAAAGAGCCGAACUUAUGCAGAAAUUAGCAGGCGGCGACGCGACAACUAUUGGUGCUAUCCCGACGGCGACCUUGACGCACAAUGCGGUAAAAAUCAAAACCAAAGAGGAAGAGAAGAGAGAGUUGAUCAUGAUGACGCAAGGCUUUUUCGGUCCAUCAUCUCCGAUCCCCACGAAGUGCGUGUUGUUAAAGAACUUGUUCGACCCCGCGGAAGAGACAGACGAGGAGUGGUGGUUAGACAUCGAAGAAGACGUGAAAGGUGAAGUCUCGAAAUACGGGGAGUGCGUGCACGCGCACGUUGAUAAAGAGAACCCGUACGGUUUUUGCUAUUUGAAAUUCGACGACGUCGAAGCGGCAAAGAAAGCUCAGUUUGGCUUGAACAAUCGAUGGUUUGCGGGCAGAUCGAUCAUAUGCGACUUUCAAUUCGUGGAGCCGUACAACAAGCACUUUAAACUCUGA